AUAUUCCUAGACCGCAACUAGAGCGCAAGAUUUAGUUGUACAGGCGUGAAAAUGUUCCCUUCGCGUGCUCUGAAGGCUGCGGCCGAUAGCUACAAGGCCACUGACUUCACCAACCCCAAGUACAACUACUUCUUCCGCGAGCUGACCGCUCGCGUCCAGGGCGUCCUGCUGACCGGCGGCUCGCUCUAUGGCACUUGGCUGGUCGUCUUUGGCGAGGCUCAGCGGUAGAAUGAGCUGCGACUAGGCCGACUUUGGCCCGGGCUUAUGUUGACGAUGCCAGGUUUAGAUAGAUAAACAUGUGUGGAACUGACCAUAGGUAGAAUUUGCAGAGGAGGGAGGAGGAGGGGAGGCUUGGAGCUUCGAGUUUGGGGUCAACUGGACACAAAAUUUCCGGUCUGGGCUUGACCGGAGGGGCCGCAUGUUCCUUUUGUAACAGUACUUGUGC